AUGGCAGCGCCUAAAUUUGAUGAAAACGAUGCGCUCGAAUUCUCACCUUCGUUCAGAUCGUCAUUUGAUUUGAUUCAAGAUGCCACAUAUAUUCACCAAGAUGAAUUAUCCUUCUCACAGUUAGAUAUAGCUUCUCCACACAUGCCGCCACAUCAUUAUCUGGCGGAUUCAGAAGACGAGAUGGAAGAGAGUGAUAUUGAACAAGAUGAUUACAUCGACUUCCAAGUUUUGAAUAAUAGACCCCCUUCAAGGUUAGGCAGACCACUUUCCCCCUCCCUUCGUAAGUCGACCAAGAUUUCCAAGAGGAAUGGUCCUUCGGUGGAUAGAAUAAAAAUGGAAAAUGCUUUUUUGAAAAAUCAAAACAAUAAACUCGCCCAAGAACUUGAGCAAUGCAGGUUAACGAUUCAAGCACUUAAAAACAUUGUAGGUCAAAAAGAUAUAGCGUUGCAAAAUGUUCGCGCCGAGAAUCAACAAACGAAUUUAAAAACUAAAGUGUUGGAGGCUUUAUUAUUAAGUAAACACGCUAAAGAUGGUAGUAUAAUUAUUAGAAGCGGUGGUAGUGAUAAUAAUCUCAACAAUCUUUCUUCAGUAACUUCCUUCCUACAAGAGAGAGAUUCCCUGAAAAAAGAAAUACCCCGUAAACCUGUACCACUAGCGUCGGACGCCCCCAUAACACCGCCACAAUCACAACAAACUCCUUUGGUCUUGCAAACGGCGGCCGAUGCUUCAGAUGAUAACGAUUUGUUACCUCCCCCCCUUCCGCCAAAAAGACAAAAUCGUCAUAUCAGGAGAUGGUCAAUGGAUUUUGGACCGAAUAAUCGAUUGGGGUGCGACGAUGAAUCAUUGAACUUUGGCGACGGUAACGAAGCUUCGUUUGAUGAUCGUCAUACGAUGUUGCCACCGUCCACGUCGGUUACACCAACGUCAUCCACCCUCACACCAACCAAUGAUCACGAUCUACAACGCAGUAUUCCACAGAUUCCACGUCUCUUGAGACGACGAACGGGAGACAUCAUCCAAUCACUGGCUUCAUGUCGUCCUUCAUCGACCAAGAAUGGUUACGAUUAUUCCCCGCCAUGCACCCCCUCUACUGACAGUAGCGAUGAGAACGAAUCGGUGAUGGAUGAAAAGUCGGCCAAUAGAAAAAAAUCCGCUCGCAAUUUAUCAAGAUUUCGUAAAAUCUUUUUACGCUAA